AUGGUUUCCAGGUCCUGCAUGGUCCAGUUUCUCAGUUUCAUGCUUAUGCUUCACCAGUCCCUGACUGCAGUCUUCCUAAAUCAGGAGGAAGCCAACAAUGUCUUGAAAAGAGAAAGAAGAGCCAACUCUUUCUUGGAAGAGUUGAGAGCAGGCUCUCUGGAGAGAGAAUGCAUUGAAGAAAAAUGUUCAUUUGAAGAAGCCCGGGAAAUCUUCAAGAGCAAGGAAAGGACUGCUCUGAUAUUAAUGAAAAAUGAAUUGCUUUGUGGUGGCACUCUUCUUACCGAUACUUGGGUCGUGUCUGCAGCUCACUGCUUUGAUAAACUAUCCCUUGGUUUUUGGAGUAGAAUAACAGUGGUGCUUGGUGAGCACAGAAUAGACAAAGAUGAAGGAACGGAACAGAAGAGAAAAGUUGCUGAUAUCAUCAUUCAUGAGCAGUACGUUAGGCAGAAAAUCAACCAUGACAUCGCCCUGGUCCGUCUGCAAAAUCCGGUAAACUUCACAGACUAUGUGGUACCCCUGUGCUUGCCUGAGAGGACAUUCUCUGAGGACCAUCUGGCCUUUAUCAGGUUUUCCUCAGUGUCUGGCUGGGGCCAGCUCCUGGACAGGGGGGCCACAUCUUUAGAGCUCAUGAUGAUUGAGGUGCCCCGGCUAAAGACCCAGGACUGCCUCGAGCAAAUAAAGAGGACACCCCAAACUCCUACCAUUACUGGGAACAUGUUCUGUGCAGGCUUUCUGAAUGGGACCAAGGAUUCCUGCAAGGGGGACAGUGGAGGACCCCAUGCCACCAAGUACAAGGGCACUUGGUAUCUAACUGGGAUUGUCAGCUGGGGUGAAGGUUGCGCAUCAGUGGGGCACUAUGGGAUUUAUACGAGGGUCUCCAAAUAUAUUGACUGGCUGAAUACACACAUAAAUCCCAAUUCUUCCUUUUCAGUUAGUUGACACUAAUCCUCUCCUACACUAAUGGUGACUAAUAAGGUGUCUUUAGUAUCUUUGCCAUUGCUGUAACUGGAAUAAAGUACUUACCAUUUGAAAUCCUUCUUUGCAAUAAAUCGA